AUGCCUGUAAUCUCCCCCGCGGAGCUCAAGCAGGCUCCCGCCACCACUCUCCCUACCGUGCCUGAGCCCGCCGUUGCUCCCGCCGAUCCGCCCGCCCCUGCGCCCGCCGCUUCCACCCCCGCUGAUGCAACCCCGGCCGAGCCCUCCGCUGCUCCCGCGGAGCCCGUGCAGCAUCCGUCCGCGGAGGAAAUGGCGCAAGGGCCGGUCAUGGAGUCCACCGACUUCACUUUCUUGGGAAUGCCGAUCCAGCAGCUUAAGAUGAUCUACCACCACGCCGUGACUCAGUCUGCGCGGCUCGCGCUGCCGCUUCUGGCGGCCGUCGCGGUCCAGCUCACGCGCAACGUGGAUUUCCAGGCGCUCUGGAAGCAGCUUCUCACACUCGACACGUCCUACCUCGUCGCCGCGUUCUCCGCCGCGCUCUUUGCCGUCACCGUCUACGUGCUGACGCGCCCGCGCCGCGUGUUCCUCGUCGACUUCGCGUGCUACCGCCCCCCCGACCACCUCGUCAUUACCAAGGACGUGGCCGUCGAUCGCGUCAAGAAGCUCGGCUACUUCGACGAGAAAUCCGUCGAUUUCCAGACGAAGGUGUUUUUCCGGUCGGGGCUCGGCGACAGGACGUACGUGCCGCCGUCCAUGCUCACGUGGCCGCCUUCCCCGUCGAUUGCGAACGCGCGAAUUGAGGCGGAGAUGGUUAUGUUCGGCGCGCUGGACGAGCUGUUCGCCAAGACUGGCGUGAAGCCCCAGGAUAUUUCCAUUCUCAUCGUCAAUUGCACGGUCUUCUGCCCGACUCCGUCGCUCUCGGCGAUGGUGAUUAACCACUACAAGAUGCGCGAGGACAUCCAGUCGUACAGUCUGGGCGGCAUGGGUUGCAGCGCGAGCAUCAUAGCCGUCAAAAUGGCUCAAGAUCUGAUGCAGGGCCAGGCGAACAAGAACAAGCUCGCGGUGAUUGUCUCAACCGAAAACAUCACCCUGAACGCGUACCUCGGCAACCGUCGCUCGAUGCAGGUUACCAACGUUUUGUUUCGCAUGGGCGGAGCAGCGGCGCUGCUUUCGAACAAGCCGAUCGACGCGUGGAAGGCGAAGUACGAGCUGAAGAAUGUCGUGCGAACCCACUUGGGCGCUGACGACAAGGCUUACCAAUGCAUUCACCAGAAGGAGGACGAGAAGAAAAUCGUCGGCGUGAUGCUCUCUCGCGAGCUUAUGAGCACUGCCGCGAAGGCUCUUAAGGCGAACGUGAGAUCGCUCGGCCCGCUCGUGCUGCCGCUUUCCGAGAAGCUGCUCUUCGCCGCGGCGUACAUCGCGCGGCGCGUGUUUAAGAUGGAUAUUAAGGAGUACACCCCCGACUUCAAGCUCGCGUUCGAGCACUUCUGCAUCCACCCCGGAGGACGCGCGCUGCUCGAUGAGGUUCAGAAGGGUCUCCGUCUCACCCAGGACAACAUGGAACCGAACCGUAUGACGCUGUACCGCUUCGGAAACCUCUCUUCCGCGUCGAUCUGGUACGAGCUGUCGUACGUCGAGGCGCAUGAUCGCGUGAAGCGCGGCGAUCGCGUGUGGCAGCUGGCGUUCGGGAGCGGGUUCAAGUGCCAAAGCGCAGUGUGGAAGGCGCUUCGUACCGUGCCCGGCGCGAAGAACCCCGGACCGUGGGCCGAGGCUGACGGCUACGUUCCCCCUCCCCCGGGUCCCUCGCGCUCGGUCUGCUGCUGGCCCAACGGCGAGAUCUACCAAUAA